UCUCUAUUCCAGGGCCUCAUUUUUGUCGUCGACAGCAACGACAGGGAACGAAUCACCGAGGCACAGGAUGAACUGCAGAAGAUGCUCAGCGAAGAUGAACUGCGAGAUGCUAUCCUACUGCUCUUUGCCAACAAACAAGACUUGCCUAAUGCCAUGCCUGUAGGAGAACUUACUGAAAAGCUGGGUCUGAACCAGCUGAGAAACCGAAGGUGGUACAUCCAGUCAACUUGCGCAACACAGGGACAGGGUCUGUACGAAGGUCUGGACUGGCUCUCCAACGAGCUCUCGAAAGCAAAGUAACUCCUGCUUCCCUUUUGGCAAGCAAGCAAAGCCAGGGGCAGCAACCAGUUUUCCUGAAGAGGAGGAGGAGAAACUAUUUGCAAGGGGGGGAGGGGGCAGCUGCCAUCAUGUGAAGUACAGAAGAAAGCUUUCGCCGCACUCUCUCCUCGUGCUUUUGCAAGAACCACCCGGAGAUUGGAAAUGCUUUGGAAGCUGUCAAACAGCUGGCGUUUCAGCCAGCUUCUUCAACCAGCGCUGCUUGUAAACACAUUUUUUUAUUAUUUAAAUUUCAACAAGCAGCACUGACGAAAGGAAACUGUACUUGACAUGCUGUUUUUCGAAGCAUGGCACUUUCUUUUCUCUCUUUUCAUUGUGUAUGGGCAGUAAUAAAUUAUCGUUCCUCUCUCUUUUUUUUUACUGUGCUAAGUUCAAGAAAAUAGUUGGGUUUUCCUGGUGAUGAUGUUCGAAACAACUGGGAAAAUUGUAACAACGUGUCAACGCCAAGCUGCUGCAUUUGUCACCAUGUAGUGACGGCUGCAUCAUCGUACGAUUUGAGUCUUUUUUUUCUUUGUACAAUGCGUGCGUGCAAAGGAAGCAAACCAAAAAGUUAGUCAUGUUGAAAUUCUAGUUUACACUUUCCAGGUGCUGUUUUUUUUUUUGUGGCGUUUGAGCUCCACCUAGAUUGUGCGUGUGACCUACUGUGUGUUCUACUUGUACAUAUUUCUCGGUAGGGGAGAUUUUUUUUUGUUUGUACUUGAUCUGUCGGGCAUUUAUGGGACCAACCUGACUUUUGACUGUCUUUAGGCAUCGUAAUAAUGAAAUGUUGUCACGCAAGUUUCUGUGGCAUAUCAAAACCUCGCAUGCGUGUACAAGGAUUUGAAAAAAAAUUUCAGGGGAAGACGCGUUCAUUCGAUUGUCUCUGAAUUUCUGCCACAUUGAAGAACUUUUGACACUAAAAAAAAAUUGUUCUUUUUUGGCACCUGUGAUAACUGCACCUCUGUUUGUCUGGUUGACUUUGCUGUUUUAAUUUCCAUGGAGUCAUGUUGCCUAGGCCUGACAAGUCAUGUAAUAAAGUAUAGGAUGAAA